AUGGGAAGCGCCCAGGGCCGCACGCUUGGGCUCCUGCUCCCUGGGGAGGGUGGGCCCGGCCGGGCCGGGCUGCGGGGGCUUCGCUCCAGCGGCAGCCCUGCUCAGGGGCAGCUCCGGGGCCUCCAGUCGGGACCCCCGACAGUCACACUCACGGGGUCCCCACCUGCAAGCCUGAGGGUGGAGAAGUGGGUGCAGCGCCUCCGUGCCCGCCUUUCUGCUCUCGAGCAGCUAGCUGAGCUCGGCAGCUGCCGGCGUUCGCCCAUUGAGAUGCAUGCCGCGGAGGCCCCAGCCCCUCCCGAGGCUCUCGGCGGUCCGGAGGGAAUGACGGAGCCCCUUGCGCAGUGCGCAGCCUGGCUGGACGCCUAUUUCCACGAGCCCGGGGCCAUCAGCGAGCUCCCCUUGCCAGCUCUUCACCAUCCCGUUUUCCAGCAAGAUUCGUUCACCAGACAGGUGUUAUGGAAGCUGCUGAAGGUUGUGAAAUUCGGAGAAACGGUUUCUUACCAGCAAUUAGCAGCCCUGGCGGGCAACCCCAAAGCAGCCCGGGCCGUGGGAGGAGCAAUGAGAAGCAACCCUGUCCCCAUCCUCGUCCCGUGCCAUCGCGUGGUCUGCAGCAGCGGAGCCCUGGGCAGCUACUCCGGAGGCGUGGCCGUGAAGGAGUGGCUUCUGGCACACGAAGGCGACCAGACAGGGAAGCCGAACCGGGCAGGGAGCUCGGGCCCGGCCAGGGCUUGGCUCGGGGCAGCGGGGGACGGCGCCAGCCCCUAGCACACUGGCCGGAGUUGAGUGCAGAGGAAGUGAGCGUUGCAGUGGCGCGUACGUGUAGCGCUGCAUGGGAAGGGGGGUGGGGCCGCGUGUUAAAAGAGGCGGGUGUGUCCUGGUGGGACUCUGUGUGUCUGUCCUCUCGUUUCUAGAUUUUACAGCAGAAUAAACCCAGAGGCCCAGCCA